ACGAACAUUUCAUUAAGUGGAUAAAAGCAAAACCAAGUCCUCAUCUCAUUGAAUUAAACUCAUAAAGGUUGUUUAUCUUAGUGUUUUUAAAUCAAACAAAUCUAAACCCCCUUGUUACUACUUAUAUAAAAGAAAAGUAUUCCUUUCCCUGUGGAUACGAACCUUACUACAUUAUACUACGUAUUAGUGUCGUAUUGAUUAAUUAUUUUGAGUGCACCUCACGACAAGUGCACGUCACUUGUUGUAGAGCUCACAGUCAAGGAUGGCUAUCUGACUGUGGUCAGCCACCAAUCUCCAGGAGUGCAUGGGUUUCACUGCUUUGCAUCACCAAUAUGCAUACCGGAUUUGGAACUAAGAUUGUCCACCCCGGAGGCCUGUUGCUGUCAACCAGCUUUAUUGGAUGGUUUUCAUCAGCCUGCUAAGAGCUGCCGACCUGAAGGAAGAUAUGAGAGGCUCUGGGAUGAAUCAGCCUCACCGGGAAGACACACCACUGACCUGUAAUUCAGCCGACCUGGAAGCAACGCCUACUGCCUGGGGGCAGUUUAGGUGGAAGGUAAGCAAAGUCCACUCUCUAGAGCCAUCGCCUGAAACCUCCACGACCCAGAAGGUAUACAUCUGCCCAUCCGCGAGCGACGCCCGGCCUGGGGCGGCGAGUGAUGUUCCGCUCGAGUUCAUCCACUGGUCCGGGGAAUCAAUCGACCUGCUGCAAUCCUGCUGCUACCGUUUAUCGAUCCACCUAGGAAGCUGUAAUGGAAGUCACUGCCGCCCGGAAGCCAUCACUACCUCGGAGUCGUCGCCACCUAAAUGUUCUCCACCGACCUGGGGGGCUAUCCGUCCGCCCUGGAGGUUAGGGUUGUGGUAGGAGAUCAACAACCUGCUGGACGUCAGGCGAAGAUGACGCCGGCCAGAGAGAAAGCUCAUUCGACCUGCAUGAUUCAUGGCGGACCUCUGGUCUGUUACAAAACGACGCCACCCACCUGCAGACCUGCAGCCAUAACCUGCCAAGCUCUAAUUCGUCCUGGAUGAAUCAAAGGAAAUCAAUCACAAGUAUCACUGUGCUUACAUCAUCGCCGAGCUGUGAGUCGCCGUCUUCACCCCUUGGUAGCCGUCGCCUGCCAUGACUGCCGACCUGAUAGACGAAUCCGUCCGAUCUAAAAGAGCAAAUCAUGGCAUUUGGUUGUCCAUCCUAUGAGGAUUCUGUGAACCGAGACAUGGAUGCCAUCACUUCGCAGCCCAUGAGAGUAGCCGAUUUGUCCGAGGAACAGGAUGAGGUGCUAGGGAUGAAGCACACAUGCUUGGGCUUGGCUCUGUUUUCGGCCUGCGGUGCGUACUACCCGGUUUCAAUGAAAGAGAAGAGUAAGGUAAACAAAAAAAUCAAAAGUAAAAAAUUAAACAACAACAAUGAAAUAAAAAAAAGGCAUAGAAAAAACUUGGGUGUAAAUUUGGGUGCCAACUCUAAUGGAAGCCCACGACUCCCGAGCUCUUUCAAGUUGGCAGCUAACUUGAACUACUCCCUCUUAGCUGAGUCUACUACUCGACUAAGGGAGUGGGGGACUCGUGAUGGGGUUACAGGACUGGCCCAGAGCCUAAUCGGCCCAGGCCCCAAACUUGGACCAGCAAGCCCAGGCCUAGUGACCCAGAGCUCGAGUCGGCCCAACCGAUCAGGCCCAUCAAAGAGCGGAAGCCCAAGACGGCCUACCUUCCAGCCCGACCAGCAGCCUGCCUCCAGCCCAUCUAGGAGCCUGCCUUGCAGCCCGGCCAGCAACCUGACUACAGCCCAGCAGAGAGCCUGCCUUGCAGCCCGGCCAGCAACCUGCCUACAGCCUAGCAGGGAGCCUGCCGUCCAGCCCAGUGGGGAGCCUGCCUUCCAGCCCUGCCAGGAGCCUGUCCUCCAGCCCAGUGGGGAGCCUGCCUUCCAGCUCAGUGGGGAGCUUGCCUACCGGCCCAACCGAAAGCCUGCCUUCCAGCCCAGCGGGGAGCCUGCUUACCGGCCCAACCGGAAUCCUGCCUUUCGGCCUAACGAGGAGCCUUUCCUCCAGCCAGUGGGAAGCCUAUCCUCCAGCCCAGCGGGGAGCUUGCCUUCCAACCCAGCGGAAGCCUGCCGCCCGAGGAGCUCAAGCGUUCUGCCUGCUAGCCAGCCAGGAAGAGUAACGACCAACAAUCAAUGCGCUAUUAAUUAUGUAUU